UCCAGAUCUGUCGCGGCUAUAUAUACCCCUCAGCUACAAAAGCUAGGGUAUAAAAAGCCCCAAAUCUCUCCGCCAUAAACUCUUCGAGAGCGAACGUUAAACAAGACAAGGCUCAGACGAAAAGCUCCUCUACCUUCUAGCCAACCGAUCAUCUCAUCUCGUGUGGUGACGGAUAAUGGCCACGUUCGAACUUUACCGGAGGUCGACGAUCGGGAUGUGCCUGACCGAGACUUUGGACGAGAUGGUUCAGAACGGCACUCUUAGUCCUGAGCUGGCAAUUCAGGUUCUUGUGCAGUUUGACAAGUCUAUGACUGAAGCUUUGGAAGAUCAAGUGAAAAGUAAGGUCACCAUUAAGGGACAUCUGCACACUUACAGAUUUUGCGACAACGUUUGGACCUUCAUCUUACAGGAUGCUUUGUUUAAGAGUGAGGAAUGCCAGGAGACUGUUGGCCAGGUGAAAAUUGUGGCGUGUGAUUCAAGGCUGCUCACGCAAUGAAAUGCCCGGAGUCAGUUGCCUGUUUAAUAAGGAGAAUUUUACUGUCCCUUUGUUGGAAGUAGAGGGACAUGCUGGCAAGGAAGAAAGUGGGAGCUGGUCUGAUUACCUGCAGGAACUUUGUAACUGUAAGACAUUGAACGUAAAUUGUAAAGCUAUCACGCUCCAUGAUUAUAAUUAUUUGAUGUUACAUGUAUUAUGGUUCCAGUUCA